AUGCGCCAGUUCAUUUCGUCCAUUCUAUCGGCGAGUUUCCUUGCAGCGCUUUCAGUCUCAGAGGAAAGCUGCUGGCCAGAGUGGUCGGGCCUAGCUUCCGACUUCGAAACGCUCUUCAUCGAGGAUGAGACAUGUUCCGACGCAGCUCGAGCUGCCAUACGCCUUGCCUUCCAUGACUGUUUCCCAGGUUCAUGUGACGGCUCCAUCAUCAACGCAAACGAGUGUACGGAACGCGUAGAGAACACACAAAUGGUACGCAUAUGUGGAACGCUCGGCGAAAAAGCAGAUGAGUACGGUCUCGGCACGGCCGAUGUUAUCCAGUUUGCUGCAGAUGCACCAGCUAUCGGACUCGCAUCAUGCAGUGGUGGUCCCGUGAUCUCAUUCUACUCUGGUCGUCCGGAUUCGUUCUUACCAACUCCCCUGGGAAUGAUGCCCAACGCGACGACGGACGCCAGAACCAUGGUGGAUCUUUUUGCGCAGCACAACUUCUCGAAGACUGAGCUGGUCGCCUUGACUGGUGCGCACACGAUCGGCCGUCAACUCGAUGGCACGGACAUGGAUAAUACACCCGGUGAAUGGGAUCACAAAUUCUACUCGGAGACAUCGAGCAACUCCGCGCCGCAGCCGGUCGCUGCUGAUACAUUUCUAGCGCAAGAUGGAGAGACGGGGGAAGAGUGGAGGGCUGUUGGCAAGACGCAAGAAAGCUUCAAGGAUGCGUUCAUCCCCGCGAUGGAGAAGCUUAGUCUGAUGGGGAGCAACAAAGAUCAUAUGACCGACUGUUCAGGCGUGGUGCAGUCGUACGCUGGACGUGCCAAAGGGCGAAGAAGAGUGCUUUUGAAGGGCAAGAGGCUGGAGUGAUCGGUUUCUGCGAUGAGUCCUACACCAUUACUCUUCUGCUUGCUGUAGGUGAUAAGAAGAGGUACUUAGCGUUCUGUCG